AUGGAAAAAUUUCUUUUUUAUCUGUUUUUCAUUGGCAUAGCAGUGAAAGCUCAGAUCUGUCCGAAGCGCUGUGUCUGUCAGAUUUUGUCUCCUAAUCUUGCAACCCUUUGUGCCAAGAAAGGGCUUUUAUUUGUGCCACCAAACAUUGACAGAAGAACUGUGGAACUGCGUUUGGCAGACAAUUUUGUUACAAAUAUUAAAAGGAAAGAUUUUGCCAAUAUGACCAGCCUAGUGGACCUGACUCUGUCCAGGAAUACAAUAAGUUUUAUUACACCUCAUGCUUUUGCUGACUUACGGAAUCUGAGGGCAUUGCAUUUGAAUAGCAACAGAUUGACUAAAAUUACAAAUGACAUGUUCAGUGGGCUUUCCAAUCUCCAUCACUUGAUAUUGAACAACAAUCAGCUGACUUUAAUUUCUUCUACAGCAUUUGAUGAUGUCUUUGCCCUUGAAGAGCUGGAUCUGUCAUAUAAUAAUUUAGAAACAAUUCCAUGGGAUGCUGUUGAGAAGAUGGUUAGCUUGCACACCCUCAGUUUGGACCACAAUAUGAUUGAUAACAUUCCUAAGGGGACUUUCUCCCACUUGCACAAGAUGACUCGGCUAGAUGUAACAUCAAAUAAGUUGCAGAAGCUACCGCCUGACCCUCUCUUUCAGAGAGCUCAGGUUCUAGCAACCUCAGGAAUCAUAAGCCCAUCUACUUUUGCAUUAAGUUUUGGCGGAAACCCUUUGCAUUGCAAUUGUGAACUGCUGUGGUUGAGACGUCUAUCCAGAGAAGAUGACCUGGAGACCUGUGCUUCUCCAGCACUUUUAACUGGCCGCUAUUUUUGGUCCAUUCCUGAGGAAGAGUUUCUGUGUGAGCCUCCUCUCAUUACUCGGCAUACCCACGAGAUGAGAGUCCUGGAGGGUCAAAGGGCAACCCUGAGGUGCAAAGCCAGGGGAGACCCCGAACCUGCAAUUCACUGGAUUUCUCCUGAAGGGAAGCUUAUUUCAAAUGCAACAAGAUCUCUGGUGUAUGAUAAUGGAACACUUGAUAUUCUUAUAACGACUGUGAAGGAUACAGGUGCUUUUACCUGCAUUGCUUCCAAUCCUGCCGGGGAGGCAACACAAACGGUGGAUCUUCAUAUCAUUAAGCUCCCUCACUUACUAAACAGUACGAACCAUAUCCACGAGCCUGAUCCUGGUUCUUCAGACAUCUCCACGUCUACUAAGUCAGGUUCUAACACAAGCAGUAGCAACGGCGAUACUAAAAUGAGUCAAGAUAAAAUUGUGGUGGCAGAAGCAACAUCAUCUACUGCACUACUUAAAUUUAAUUUUCAAAGAAAUAUCCCGGGAAUACGUAUGUUUCAAAUCCAGUACAAUGGUACUUAUGAUGACACCCUUGUUUACAGAAUGAUACCUCCUACGAGCAAAACUUUUCUUGUCAAUAACCUGGCUGCUGGAACUAUGUAUGACUUGUGUGUCUUGGCAAUAUAUGAUGAUGGCAUCACUUCGCUCACUGCCACAAGAGUCGUGGGUUGCAUCCAGUUUACUACGGAACAGGAUUACGUGCGGUGCCAUUUCAUGCAGUCCCAGUUUCUGGGAGGCACCAUGAUUAUUAUUAUUGGUGGAAUCAUUGUAGCAUCUGUGCUGGUUUUCAUCAUCAUUCUAAUGAUCCGGUAUAAGGUUUGUAACAAUAAUGGGCAACACAAGGUUACCAAGGUCAGCAACGUCUACUCUCAAACAAAUGGGGCUCAAAUACAAGGCUGCAGUGGGACGCUGCCCCAGUCUGUGUCCAAACAAGCUGUGGGGCACGAAGAGAAUGCCCAGUGUUGUAAAGUGGCCAAUGACAAUGUGAUACAACCGUCAGAAACGUGUUCAAGUCAGGACUCCUCUACCACUACCUCUGCUUUGCCUCCUACCUGGACUUCAAGCACGUCUGUGUCCCAAAAGCAGAAAAGAAAGACUGGCACAAAGCCAAGUGCCGAACCACAGAGUGAAGCGGUCACAAAUGUUGAGUCCCAAAACGUGAACAGGAACAACUCAACUGCCUUGCAGUUAGCUAGUCGACCUCCCGAUUCUGAGGGGCCCGCAUCUAAAAGAGCACAUUCAAAGCCAAGUAAGUUUCUCACUUUGCCUGCUGAGAGAGCCAGAGCAAGACACAGGUACUCCCUGAAUGGAGAAUUAAAGGAAUACAAUUGUUAUAUUAACUCACCGAACGCCUGCGGACUGUUUUCUAAAAGAAGCAUGUCUAUGAAUGCGAUGUUAAUUCAGUCCAGCAGUUCUGAUGGGCAUAGUGGAAAAGCAACUCUUUCAAAUUCUGAGUGGAUAUUGGAAAGCACUGUGUAA